AUGGUGGCAGCACCAGCGCUGGCUGACCGCAGGUUGCUGGCCGCGAGCUCCACCCCGGCCCUGGGUGCCACACAGCCUACGGAGCCGGAGUACUUCAUCACCAUCAAGGACGGCGACUUCGUGAACGGCUGCGAGCUGUUCUUCCCCGCCGGCUGGAACCAGUGGGAGGUGGUCGAGGCCGCCGGCGGUGCGCCCUACCUCUCCGGCGCGUCCCUUCCCGCCAACCUCACCGGCCCCGGCCUGGUCCGCGAGCUGCUGGACCGCGCGCAGGCCAACGGCCUGAACACCAUGCGCACCUGGGCCUUCACGGUGGACGAGCGCUUUGCGCUGCAGACCGCGCCGGGCGAGUACAACGAGGCCGUCUUCCGUGGCCUGGACUACCUGCUGGACGAGGCACGCCAGCGCGGCAUCAAGCUCAUCCUGGCCUUCACCUCCAACUGGACGCCCGUGGGCGGCCUGCCCCAGUACCUGGAGUGGGCGGGGGAGACUGCGCCGGUACAGUUCUACACCAACCCCAGCAUCGCCAGCCUGUUCAAGGCCCACGUCACCGCCGUCACCUCCCGCGUCAACACCAUCAACGGGCGGCGCUACUCGGAGGACCCCACCAUCUUCGCCUGGAACCUGAUCAACGAGCCGCGGUGCACGGGGUGCCCCGCCGGGACCAUCGCCGCCUGGGUCAAGGAGAUGGCCGCCUUCGUGAAGCAGGCCGACCCCAACCACCUGCUGACCGUGGGCGAGGACGGCUUCUUCGCCGCGGGCGGCACCGCCAACCCGGGCGUGCAGUACACGGAGUGGGCCGCGGAGGAGGGGCAGGACUUCAUCGCCGACCACUCCAGCCCCGACAUCGACUUCGCCACCUUCCACACCUGGGUGGACAACUGGCAGGAGGUCACGCCCGAGUGGCAGUCCGCCUGGAUCGCUGCGCACGCCGACGCGGCGGAGAAGACGCUGAAGAAGCCGGUGCUGCAGGAGGAGUUUGGCAAGUGGGUGAACGAGACCGACCCGGACAGCAACCUGGACGACCGCCUGGUGUUCAUGCAGGCCGCCUACGACCAGACCAGCCAGCUGCAGCGGGCCGGGUCGGCGCUCAAGGGCUCCCUCUUCUGGCAGUGGUACGCCGACGGCCAGAUCGCGCCGCUGACCGAGGGCGGCGGCCGAGGCCUGUAUGGCAUCUACGAGUCCGACGCCGCCUUCCGCCCCGUGGUGGAGAACGCGGCCGUGGCGGCCAAGCUGUCCGCGCCGGUGGCGGGGUGCAGGCCCGCUGGUGCCGACGUGCCCCCGCCCGCCAACUGCUCCGACACCUGGGUGGACGGCGCGCCCGAGACGGGGAUGGAGGGCCCCACCUGCGCCCUCCCCAUCAACGAGUGCGUGCGCGGCACCGACACCUGCGCGCCCGAGGCCGCCUGCCUGGACGACCCCGAGGGCUUCGCCUGCGCCUGCUUCUGGGGCUACGCCGGGGACGGCGAGACCUGCGCCCCUGACGCCGCUGCGCUCAAGACCCUGGCCUCCGCCUACUGGUCCGAGCCCGAGGCCGGCGCCUGCGACCCGGGCGCGGACGUGGCCUGGCCGUCCGACGCGCCAGGGUACCGGUACGACGCGCUGGGCGCCUACACCAAUGAUUAUGGCUCGCGCGCCAACGUGAGCCUGCUGGAGUGCCAGAUCGCGUGCCAGAUGGCGCCUACCUGCGAGUCCAUCACCUACAACGCGGUGCAGGAGACCUGCUUCCUCAAGCGCUCCCAGUGCCCCAUCUACAACUUCUGCUAUGACCCCAAGGAGAUCAUGUGCAACAGCACCGAGUCGCGCGCGGGCGAGGUCAUCGAGUAUUCCAUCCCCUGCGGCUUCUGGCUCACCUACUACCGCCUGGACAUGGACGUGGACGCGGCCUGCGCCGCCUUCACCUACCCGGGCGUUGCCACGGGGGCCAACCCGGAUGUUGUCGACGGCUUCCGCGAGUUCGCCGCCAGCCCCGCUGCCGCGGAGCUGGACCACUUCAUGAUUGCGCCGGCGGUGGAGCCGGAGGCGGAGGCAGCUGUCCCUGCCGCCACGACCCCCGCGGCCUCGGUCACGCUGGUGGCGGCGUCCGCGGACAAGCCCACCUGA